GCCGCCAUGGAGCUGGAGCCGCCCGCGGAGCUCCCGGAGCCCCGCGCCGCCAGCAAGGGGCCGCCGCACAGCGCUUCAGAUGUGGAGCAGAUGAGUUCCUCCUCUCCUGUCCUCCCUAUGAACUCCAUGGGCAAUGAGCGGGUGGAUCAGCGAACCUGCCUGAUCUGCGGGGACAGGGCCACGGGGCUGCACUAUGGCAUCAUCUCCUGCGAGGGCUGCAAGGGCUUCUUCAAGAGGAGCAUCUGCAACAAGCGCGUGUACCGCUGCAGCCGCGACAAGAACUGCGUCAUGUCCCGCAAGCAGCGCAACCGCUGCCAGUACUGCCGGCUGCUCAAGUGCCUGCAGAUGGGCAUGAACCGCAAAGCAAUCAGGGAGGAUGGCAUGCCAGGAGGCAGAAACAAAAGCAUCGGACCUGUCCAGAUAUCAGAGGAAGAGAUUGAGAGAAUUAUGUCUGGGCAAGAAUUUGAGGGAGAGGCAAACAUGUCAUGGAGCAACAACGGAGACAGUGACCACAGUUCCCCUGGAAAUGGAGUUUCUGAGAGCAACCAGCCUUCACCUGUUUCUACUCCAUCUUCAAGUAGGUCAGUGGAGCUGAACGGGUUCGCUGCACUCAGGGAUCAGUACCUGGGCACGCCGGUGUCCACGCACUACCAGUACCUGCCGCACCUUUUUAGCUACUCGGCGCACUCGGCGCUGCUGGCGCCGCAGCCGCGCAGCCUGGAGCCGCAGUCGCACAGCCUCAUCAGCCAGCUGCUGUGUGCCGAGGACCUGGAGCCCCUCGGCACCCCCAUGCUCAUCGAGGACGGGUAUAAAGUGACUCAGGCAGAGCUGUUUGCGUUGCUGUGUCGUCUGGCGGAUGAGUUGCUUUUCAGGCAGAUUGCUUGGAUCAAGAAGCUGCCGUUCUUCUGUGAGCUCUCCAUCAAGGACUAUACCUGCCUGCUCAGCUCCACGUGGCAGGAGCUGAUCCUGCUCUCCUCGCUGACUGUUUACAGCAAGCAGAUCUUUGGUGACCUUGCAGAUGUCACCUCCAAGUACUCUCCCUCUGACGACGAGCUGCACAGGUUCAGUGAAGAGGGGAUGGAGGUGAUGGAGCGGUUGAUCUACCUCUUUCGCAAAUUCAACCAGCUGAAGGUCAGCAACGAGGAGUACGCGUGCAUGAAAGCCAUCAACUUCCUGAACCAAGAUAUCAGGGGUCUGACCAACGCCUCGCAGCUGGAGCAGCUGAACAAGCGGUACUGGUACGUGUGCCAGGACUUCACCGAGUACAAAUACCCCCACCAGCCAAACCGCUUCCCGGACUUAAUGAUGUGUUUGCCAGAGAUUCGGUAUAUUGCAGGAAAAAUGGUGAAUGUCCCUCUGGAGCAGCUGCCUCUCCUGUUUAAGGCCGUUCUACAUUCCUGCAAGACGAGUGUGAGCAAGGAGUGAGCGCGGCUGGCCCGGCCGGUGCCUUAGCUGAGCCUCGGGCCGGGAGAGGGGCAAACCAGGCAGGAGACAGGGCAGGGGCCUCCCUGCCCUUGUAGCAAGAAUCUUUUUUUGUUUGUUUUUUUUGUUUGUUUGUUUUUUUACUCUUUUUCCUAUAUAUUUAUUUCACGACAGAGUUGAAUGUAUGAUCUUCAACACGAUGCACAUGGUUCUGUAAGAAUGCAGCAGAUGCAUUCUCCAGCGGUUUACAGAAUGUGAAGAUGUUUAAUGUUACAGUGUUUGUUAGGGUUAGUUCUUUUGUAUUUGGGGCUGGGGACUGAGAUGACUAAGACUACCUCAAGGAGAAGAUGCUGUUCACGCACUGCUCUUUCCAUGAUUUGCAUCCAAAACAUUUGCCAUAGAGGGCAAAUGUUGACAGAGCUGUUAUAUCCCAAAGGGACGACUUUGGAGAAGUGGGUGCUAGAGAAGUGCCAAGCUUUUUCUUUAAUUUUAAAAAGGCAGGGAGUGGAGAAGGAGAAGUCUGUCUAGGCAGUUGUUUCUUUUCCCCUGGCAGUUUCCAGAUGCAGGUUUCCAGUGGGAUGGCAGUGCUCUGAGGGGCUCCCUGGCCCUGUCCUGUCUGGGAGCUGCAGGUGGGGUCUGCCCCAGCCCCUCCUGGCCAGCUGCCCUCUUACUGCUGCCACAGCACCUGCCAGUUCCUCUGAAAUGGUGUUCCUGCAGUUCAUAACAGGCUCCUGGCAUUACACAAAGGUGCUGCUGUUGCUAGAGAACAGCAAGGACUUUAUCAUCACUUCCUUAAAAUCCAUUUUAGGUUUACAAAAGCAGGAAAAACCUACUUAGAGAAGAGGCAGAGUUGCCCCUGUUAAUGUGUUCCUCCAACAUGGUACCUGACUCCAGAGGCUUCUGCAUUGCAGCAAUCCCUGUUUUGGAAGCAGUUAAUAUAUCCUGUGUUAAAUGGGGCCUGUGUAGUGGGGUGAGGGACUCCAGUGUCCUCUGGUGUGGCUUUCUCUGCUGGACUCAGGGAGUGGGUGUUCCAUAGUUACAUCCUGCCAGGACUGCCUUGUUCCUUGUGGAAUCCCAGGAGAAAAGACAUUACUGCUGUACUUGGUUACCUGCUGUGUUCUAGGUGUUGCAAGGCUUGGAUGUUCCAUCUCACAGGCUCUCCUCAAUUCCAGAUGGAGAACUGGUUUAAUGACAGCUGAUGAGCUGGUUGAGUGAUUGCUGAGUGCUGGUGUUUAGCUAAACUUGGGCAUUCUCAUGAAUGACCUGAUGGUUUCCUGCUCAUGAUGGGGAGGUUGGAUGAGAUGCUCUUGAUCUCAUCUCCUCCAUUAGGAAUUAAUAUUCAAAGACUCCUCCUAGACAGCCUUGGCUGUAUUUCCUUCCCUUCCUCCUUAGAUGUAAACCUGGCAUUCACUUAGCAAGGUGAUAAGUGUUUGAAUGCUAAUUUAAAAAUACUUGUGGAAACAACUUUUGUUCCUUCAGGGUAGGAGGGACGAGUCACCACCUUUGGUGACAGCUGCGUGGCAGCAGCUGCUGUGCAUGAAUGUGAUGUGAGCAGGAGAGAAAUCCCAUUCACCAAAGUCGUCCUUCCCUCCCUCCGUGGCCCAGGGGGUGUCCCCUGGGGCUGUGUCCUGCUGGUGGCUGCGGUCACACCGCGGGCAUCCCACCUGGGCAUCUCCCAGCUCAACGGUUUCCCUCUUCUCAGAGUCCAUAGCUGUUCAUUUUUCAUUAUUUAAGCAGGAUGUUACGGGUAACAGCUGCUGGGCACAGCAGCAGCUCAGCUCGGUGGAGCCUCGCACCCAGAGGUGGUUCCAUAAAUCUCAUUUAUUUCUGCCAGUACUGUGAGACACGUGUGUAUUCUCAGGAAAGCCUUCUGCAUACAGCCCAUACCUCACGUGUUCAGGGGAAGAUUUUAGUGUAUCUGUUUGUAAGUUAGAAUGUAUUUCUCAGCUUUUAAGUUUAAUUUCCAAAUAGCUUGAUCUUUUUAUUACGGGUUAUUUCUGGAUUGCUGUUUUAUACACUCAAGGAAUUGUUAAAAUUGCUAGGAGUAAUUUUAUUCUACAGUUACUGAAUUAUUAUAAUCUGUUGAUGAAUAAGUGUUUUAAUUAGUGUACAUAAAAGCAGUCAUCUUGUUGCCAGCUAUCCAACAAAAAUAAUCUAUUGGGUAAUCUGUGCUUUUCAAAAAUAGCCUCCCAAAACUAAUGCUGUACCAACAACAACCAAAAACCUAAAUUCUGUUGUGAUGACAAACAGACAUGAAUGUUCCACUUUCUGUUGUAGAAAGCAAAUUUUACAAAGGUUGAUUGGCAGCAGUAUCCGUUCCCAAAUACACAUUUGCCAUAGGGAGUGGAAAAUCCUUCCUGAACUGACAGGUAAGGAAGCAGCAAACAGACCAGACGGAAUCACUGGACAGUCAUUCCUGAUAUCUUCUGCACCAAGUCCUCUAAUGACUUGUAUUUUUUAAACAGGGUAAUGUGAAUGUGUUGCAUUGCAAACUCAGGUAUUAUGAGAAGGUAGGAAUGUAGCUAGAGACAUAGAGACGUUAGGUAGAUGUAUUUGUGAAUUUGGUUUGAAGGACACUCUGGAAAGGUUGGAAUUUUUGUUCCAUUCUUCACGUAACAUUCAGUUUACAGGGACUCAUAUUUUAUUUGUGCUUAAUGCUACUAGGGGGAAGUUCAUUAUCUUUGGUAUCUAUCUGCUCUUGCUUAUUUGACCUUCUGUCAUAGAGAAAUCUAUCAACAAUAAUAGUCUUUGGUAGAAUUUUCUGCCAUGACAAGUCAAUUUUUAUCCCCGAUUUGAAAGAUAGAUUGGCUGGCUGACCCCCUCUUCUCCUUCAGAGUGUCUGUGCAGAUGGAAAGCUGAAGAGUUACUUUUAAUCUGAACAGAGAUUUGGGACAUAAAUUUGAGGUGCUCAGGCUCACGUGCUCGGGGGAGGCUGGAAGGGGUCCCCGCUCACAGGGCUCGGUCCCAGGACAAUGCCAGACCCUGAGGCCUCAACAAAACCUUUGGGAAGUGAGUUUUCUUCCCCUUCAGCUCAGGCUCCUGCCAAGAGGGCUGAGCCUUGACCCCUCAGUGUGAGUCAGUUGCCAGUCCCUGUUGUCACCAUGGGCAGGGGAUGAGCAGCUGGACCUGGCACUCCCCACACUGCCCUAAGGGAGCUUCUGGAUAAUUCUGUAAUUCUUAAAUCCAGAGAUUUAAUUGUUAAACCUUUUGCCAUCUCCCAUCACACGCAGGCCAAAGGGGGAUCAUGGCCAGUGGUCAGUGACCAGUGGUCAGUGGCAUUGCCAGCUGCAGGGCACCUGCACAGGGGAGCUGCCACCCUUGUACCACCCAUUUUACCAGUGCUGGGGAGUUGCUUUGAGGGAGCCCAUGAGAGUGAGGGGUCCCAGGGGUGCUAGCAGGGCUCUCCCUUGCUGGUGGGGGCCUUGGUGGCUCUGUCCCCACCCAUGCAAAGGCUCAAGUGCCUCUGCUGCCAUCCCUCCCUGUGCCAGCAGGAUCUGUCCUUGCUCCUCAGGCUUCUGCACAGACCCACAACCACUUCAAGUAAAGGAGUUUAAGUCUUGUCCUUCAAACCAACUUUAAAAAAAACAAAAAAACCCACUUGAAUUUCUUUUAUCUUUACUGCAUUUUUUAAAAGGAAAAAAAAGAAAAAAAAAAGAUUCUCCUGUGAAUGUGCUAUUUCCCAUUCAUUCUUUCUUCCUUCUUGGUUUUGAUUUGAAGCUAUGAAGCUCGGUGUCUGUGAAAAUGUUGUUAUUUCUCAGGAUAAUAAGCGGCAAUCAUCCCUGCCACGUGAAAGGCAGGAGAAAGGGGGAAACUUGGGGAACUAGUUAAAGUAUGAAACUAAUUUUUAAGUUGUAGAUGAUGUGUAAAUGGAGGGGAGUGCAUAGCUAUCAGUAUCAAGCUGUGGUGUUUCUCUGGGUUCACGGUGCGUUGUUUCAAUGCACAGAAGCUCAGGGAUAAGUAUUUAAAAUGUGACCCAGAGAAACCCUGGUUUUGAUGUUGCAACGGUUGCUUCUUUCCUGAUUUGCCUGGAGGACCCACAGUGAGCUGACCAAAGCCCCAUGCAUACAGGGAUUUUGGGGGAAAAGCUUUGGGUUUGGCUGUGGGAGUUUGCCUGCCUGUGUGCAGAGCAUCCCAAAGGUGCACGGGGCUGUACGAGGCUGUGCCCUUGCACCACCCAGCAGCUGGGGACCAGCUCUGUCUGUGGGCUCAAUUUCUGCCCCUAUUACCUCAUCCCUCUGCCUUUGGUCUGACUGUUCAUGGAAAAGGGGAACAGGAAUUUCUCACUGUGUCCCUGGCAGCCAGUCGCAGCGCUCUGUACUCUGUUCCUUAUGAAUUCUUGAUUUUCAUCAGUACAACUUUCUCACUGUGGUUGUAGGCACAGUCAGACAGUUUGAGAAGGGCACUGCUGUGUGACUCUGGUUGGGUUACAGCUGCUAUGAGUGUCCAAACAGCCCUGUCCAGCCAUAGACACGGCCAACACUGGGGCAGCAAAAGUUUGAAGGGCUGAAACCCCCUGCCACCACCCUCAGCCAGGAUCUGCAAACCUGAGUUUAAAUCAGCCUCGCAAAAAACUGGGAAGACCAAUCCAGGCAGUGUCUUUCCCUUGGAAAAAAAAAUAAUUUAAAAUAGCUCCUGUGAGCUGCCCUCUGACAAGUCUGUGAAAGAAGCAACAUGGUUCAGUGGAAGAAAUGCCCCCAAGGGCAAAAAGAAACAGAAAUUGAGACCAGAUGACGAUCAACCUUAACAAAGCCUUUUGUGAUUCAUUGUUUUCUUUCAAUUUAUAAAAUGUCUUGUAAUAGUUGAUAACAUUAUUGACUCAAUUUCCAUAACUAAACUACCUCGUGUGACAUCCUGUUUAUCAUCUCAAAGGGAUUGUGUGAAAAACUAAACACUGCCAGUGUCUGUUGCCAGCGAGGAACAGGGGCUGUGAUUGCUGGAGUUGUUUCCCUUCCCUGGGCUGGGGCUUUGCUCCUGUCACUGCUGUGUGUCCCGUGCUGAGGCUGAGCUCCUCUGUCCCUCCCUGGGGAGGAUGUGGCUCAUGGCAGUUUGGGUUUUGUCGGUGCCCAUCAGGCCUAAUUCCAGCUCAGUCCAGGUGCAGAGGCUGCAUUUGUAACCUGGGAUCUCACAGGACCUCACAGCUCCUCGUGUGCCCACCCUGGGUCAGGUUUGUGUCAGCCCCUUGCUGGUUUGAGGGACGUUUCCAAGAGGCUCAGUCCCAGUUGUUGGCUCCUUCUUGGUGAUGUUCCCGGUGAUGGUUUCUCUGUUCAUUUUUCUCACAAUCCCUUGUGUAAAUCAGGGAAGCAGGAUGUUGCCUCGGCAUGGCACACAGUGAACAUUGGCACACUCAGAGCCAGGGCUGGGGCAGGAGGGUGUGCCUGGCCCCGUGUCACCCGCAGGGCCACGGGCACCGGGAGCUGUCCCCUCACCGCGCCACGACCAAAUGAAUGUUUCUGCUGGCAGCUCCCUGCCAGCCCGGCCUGCCCCUGCCCCUGCUCUGCUCUGGGACUUGACUACCUGUGGAAAUGUGACCAAUAAGUGUUGAAUGCAUGUUUAGUGAGUGUUUAGCUGUAUGAACUAAUAAAUGUGAAAUGUUCUGCA